AUGAGUUCGAGUUCUAGCUCGCCUGUCGAAAGUGAGGUAGUUGGUGCAGAUAGAAGUAAGGAAGUUUUUAUUGAUUCUGGUGAUAAUGGUGAAUUUAAAACCUCUGGUUCCGACUCUGAUAGAGCCGUUCCAACUGGUAAGUCACCAGCCGAGUAUACGUGGAAAGACUCUGUUCAGAUGUUCGCGUACAAGCACAACAUUCCAGGGUCAGGAACUCCACGAAAGAUUUUAGAACAGAGAAUGAAUGAAAAAAGACACAUAAUGGUCAAUUUGGAAUUGGCUGCUGACAUGUUAGAUGAACACGGCAACCCAGCUACGGUCUAUCCAAGGAACAAGAUCAGAACCACAAAGUAUACCCCACUGACAUUCCUCCCCAAGAACAUCGUGUUUCAGUUCACCAAUAUUGCCAACUCCUAUUUCCUGCUUAUUGUCAUUCUGGGAGCUUUCCAGAUUUUUGGAGUGCCGAAUCCCGUUCUGUCAGCUGUGCCCUUGAUUGUGAUUGUAUGUCUUACUGCGAUCAGAGAUGCUUUUGAAGAUUAUAGAAGAGGGGAAUCAGACAUGGAGCUCAACAACUCGCGAGUUCACCUGCUAGUUGGUUUGAAUAACCCCAAUGUGAGAAAAGAUUAUGUUGGUCCCUGGAGACGGUUCAAGAAGGCAUGCAGCCGAACCACUCGAAGAACAUUCAAAGGUAUAAAGUCCAUCUUCAAAAAGGACAAAUCUAAUUCCAAACACCACGAUGAUUCAGAGUUGCAAAAGACAGUCACUAGAGGCUCUCUGAUGUCUUCGGAGCUAGUCAGGCCAUCAACUGAAUACAGACUCUCUGUGGAUUACAGGCCGUCAACCGAUACUCGUCGUUCUCGUGUGUCGAGAGGACCCAGGUCUUCGGCAUUUGUUGCAAAUACGGUGUCAAAUCCUAACAUUGUUCCCGACAUGGCUGCCACCAAGUUUGAAAACAAGUUCUGGAAGGAUGUUUGCGUGGGAGACGUGAUCAGAGUAAGGAACAAUGAGGAGAUUCCUGCUGAUGCCGUGAUUCUUGCCACGAGUAACGCAGAAUCUGACUGUUAUGUUGAGACCAAGAACUUGGAUGGUGAGACCAAUCUGAAGCACAAGAAGGCGCUUCAUUGUGGUCAGGGCCUGAGAUACGCUAGCGAUUUUCAAAGAGUUCAAAUGGCUAUCGAGACAGAGCCCCCAAAUGCUAACUUGUACAAAUUUAGAGCAGUUGUCCAUUUCAAUUCGUUCAAUGGAAUUGGUUCUGAAGGUGUUCCGGAUUCGGAGGCCAUUAAUAUUGACAAUAUCCUGCUGAGAGGUUCUAGUCUGAGAAACACCAAAUGGGCCCUGUGUCUCGUUCUGUUCACAGGAAGCGAGACCAAGGUGAUGCUAAACUCAGGUAUCACUCCAAACAAGAAAUCGAGAUUGUCAAGCGAGUUGAACUUCUCGGUCGUGAUCAAUUUCACCAUUCUGUUCAUUAUGUGUUUUGCAUCUGGCCUGGUGAAUGGUCUCUACUACGACGAUAAGCAUAAAUCUCGACUGUUUUUCGAGUUUUCUGCGUACGCCAAAACGGCAGCUGGCAACGGUACUGUUGCCUUCUUCGUUGCUCUCAUUAUAUACCAAUCGCUGGUGCCCAUCUCAUUGUACAUUUCCAUCGAGAUCAUCAAGACCAUCCAGGCGUUCUUCAUAUUUUCGGAUGUCAAGAUGUAUUACGAUAAGCUGGAUUUUCCAUGCAUUCCCAAAUCAUGGAACAUAUCCGAUGACCUCGGACAGAUCGAGUAUAUCUUCAGUGAUAAGACUGGAACGUUGACUCAAAAUGUCAUGGAGUUCAAGAAAUGUACCAUUGCUGGAAAGUCGUAUGGUCUGGCAUACACAGAGGCCCAACAAGGCAUGCAGAAGCGUGCUGGAAUCGACGUUGCUGCAGAAGGUGAACGGAUGAGACUUCUCAUGGCCGAAGACCGUGAGGGAAUGCUGAAGGAGUUGGAGUCUUUCGACAACGACCAGCUUGAUGAAACCAAGCUCGCGUUCAUCUCCAAGGAUUAUGUUGUGGAUGUCAAAUAUGGUGAUGCUGCACGAAAGAAGGCCAACGAGGACUUCAUGUCUGCUUUGGCAUUGUGUCACACUGUUAUAACUGAGGCUGAUGAGGACGGAAAGCUAGAUUUCAAGGCCGAAUCUCCGGAUGAGGCUGCCUUGGUUGCGGUUGCCAAGGAUCUAGGCAUUGUAUUUAGAGAGAGAACCAGGGCUGGUGCCGUUUUGCAGAAGUACAACGGGGAUAAGGUUCUUUGGAAAGUGCUAGAAAUAGUCCCUUUCAACUCUACAAGGAAAAGAAUGAGUGUUCUUUUCGAGGUUCCCGAGAACGAGAGAGGUCCCAAGGGUGAGAAGAUUAUGCUGAUCUCCAAGGGUGCUGAUAACGUUAUUUACGAGAGACUUUCGGACGACUCAGAUCAGAGUGUUGGCGAAAGAACAGCUGUUGACCUUGAAGAGUAUGCCAAAGAAGGUCUCAGAACCCUUUGCAUUGCGAGGAAGUACAUUGACGAGGAUGUCUUCAGGGAAUGGCAAGCUAGAUAUAAGGAAGCCAGCAACUCUGUCGCCGAAGACAGAGAAGAGAAGCUGGAUAUCAUUGGUGAUGAGAUCGAGUCGGACCUAUUUUUGCUUGGUGGUACUGCCAUCGAAGAUAGAUUACAAGAUGGUGUUCCAAGCUCGAUUGCCAUCAUCAGAAGAGCAGGUAUCAAACUGUGGGUAUUGACUGGUGACAAGAUUGAGACUGCUAUCAACAUUGGAUUUUCCUGUAAUUUGCUGGACAACUCCAUGAACCUUUUGGUUAUUCGCCCUGAUUCGGACGACCCUAAUCCUGAUCAGAUAUCCGCUCUCAUCAAGGAGCAUUUGUCCAAGAAUUUUGGUUUGAACGGGACGAAAGAGGAGCUUGAAGCGCAAAAGAAUGACCAUUCGCCUGCUAGUGGUGACUUUGCCGUUAUCAUUGAUGGUUCAGCCCUAAUGGCUGUCUUCGAUUCGGACGGCUCUCUCCAGAGUGAUUUCUUAUUGCUCUGCAAGCAGUGCAAAUCUGUACUGUGUUGUCGUGUUUCGCCAGCCCAGAAGGCCUCUGUGGUCAAACUGGUCAAGAACACUCUGGGAGUGAUGACCCUUGCGAUUGGUGAUGGUGCCAACGAUGUUGCCAUGAUCCAGGCGGCCAAUGUGGGUGUGGGCAUUGCUGGUGAAGAGGGAAGACAGGCUGUGAUGUCUGCAGAUUAUGCCAUAGCUCAGUUCCGAUUCCUUACUCGUUUGGUGUUGGUCCAUGGCCGUUGGUCAUACAAGAGACUUGCCGAAAUGAUCCCAUGUUUCUUUUACAAGAACGUUACGUUCUCGGUUACGUUGAUGUGGUACGGUAUCUACUGUAACUUUGACGGAACCUACCUCUUUGAAUUCACCUAUCUGAUGUUCUAUAACCUGGCCUUCACUUCGUUGCCAGUGAUCUUCCUUGCAUUUUUGGACCAGGAUGUCUCGGACACUGUCUCUCUGCUUGUUCCUGAGCUUUACAGAAGCGGCAUUUUGAGAUUGGAAUGGUCUCAGUACAAGUUUGUGUAUUAUGUGAUUGACGGGCUGUACCAGUCUGUGAUCUCGUUCUACUUCCCAUACUUGCUCUUCCGCCAUGGUGGGUUCCACCAUCAGAACGGUAUGCCGAUCGACCACAGAUUUUGGAUGGGUGUUUACUCGACUGUGAUAUCCGUGACCUCGUGUAAUGCCUACGUUCUUAUGCAACAAAAGAGAUGGGACUGGCUCUCGGUGUUGAUCGUGUGCCUCUCCACGUUGUUUGUGUUCUUUUGGACUGGUGUUUGGUCCUCAAGUACUGGAUCGCAGGAGUUUUACAAAGUUGCUUCGCAGGUGUUUGGAGCCGUUAGUUUCUGGGCCUGCUUUUUCUGUGGUGUUUUGGUGUGUCUAUUGCCAAGAUUCGUCAUUGAUAACCUUCUGAGACUGUAUAGACCCAGGGACAUCGACAUCAUCCGCGAAAGAGUUGCAAUGGGUGACUUCAAAGAUUACCCUGAAGGUUAUGACCCUACAGAUUCUGCUGAUGUCGCAGCCCACAGAAAGCUGAUGCAGGCCAAAACAUCUUCCAACAACGAUAUAGAAGCCAUGAUCUCUGGUGACCAAUCGGAAGAAAAGCCUCGGCCCAGAAGACUCACUUUAAGAGGUGUUUUUGGUAUGGAGUCCAAGAAAACUCCAGAAGAGUCAUUGCAGCCACCAGACUCUGUUCACGCAAGAUUGGACCGUAUAAGGACUUCCAUGUCCACAGAGAGAGGUUCCAUUCCUGGGUCCAACUACUCCCAGAGAAUCAGGGCCACUCAUGACCUUCCAGGCCUAACCAAUGCCGAAAGUCUCGUGACUGCUCGUUCAAGGCGGUCUGCUAAAGCAUGA